AUGUUCAAAGACUUUCAAACGGUAUACCUUAUUUGCCUGGAGGUCCUGGUGGGCCUGGAGGUCCAGGUGGACCAGGUGGGCCAGGUGGCCCUGGUGGGCCUGGAGGUCCCCCAGCUGCCCCUGGUACACCUGGAGGUCCUGGCGGUCCAGCGGGGCCUGGAGGUCCCGGUGGUCCUGGGGGUCCAGGAGGUCCUGGUGGUCCACCUGGCAUACCCGGUAAGCUUGGAGGUCCAGGGGGGCCAGGAGGGCCCGGAGGUCCUGGAGGCCCAGGAGGCCCAGGAGGGCCUGGAGGACCUGGUGGACCCGGGGGUCCUACUGGUUUACCAGGUCAACCUGCAGGUCCAGGAGGGCCUGGAGGACCUGGCGGCCCUGGUGGUCCUGGUCCAGGUGGGCCAGGAGGUCCUGGUGGCCCUGGUGGUCCUGGAGGCCCUGGUGGGCCCGGAGGCCCUGGUGGUCCUGGAGGCCCUCCUCAAAAAAAUAGAUGAGCCCGAGCCUCCUAAAAGGAUCGAAGAGCCCAAAGGUCCAGGUGGGUCUGAAAGUCCAGAUGUGACAGAAAGUCCAGGUGAGUCAGAAGGUCCAGGUGAGUCAGAAGGUCCAGGUGAGUCAGAAGGUCCUGAAGGCCCUGGAGGUCCAGAUGGCCCAACUAUAGAAGGUGAUGCUACAGAACAUCCAGAAAAUCCCGGAGAGUCUAGAAAUCCAAGUGAGCCAGGGGCACCUGAAGGCCCAGGGGUUCCUGGAGGCCCUGAUGGCCCAGAUGGGUCAGCUGAAAAAAUUGAUGAGCCUUCUGAAAAGACUGAAGAUCUUGAUGAAGAUGCAGAACCAAGUGGUCCAAGUGGUCCAGGGGGUCCUGGAGGUUCAGGAGGCCCUGGAGGCCCUGGUGGUUCCGGUGGCCCUGGUGGAACUCCUGGAGGGACUGGUCGUCCAGGCCUUCCUGGAACACCUGGAGGGCCUGGUGGGCCUAGUGGUCCAGGGGGACCUGGAGGUCCUGGUGGCCCUGGUGGCCCCGGAGGUCCUGGAGGACCUGGUGGGCCAGGUGGUCCAGGUGGACCUGGUGGCCCUGGUGGGCCAGGUGGUCCUGGUGGUCCUGGUGGACCAGGUGGAGCAGGGGGUCCAGGAGGUCCAGGGGGACCAGGGGGCCCGGGCGGACCAGGCGGAGCGGGAGGCCCCGGUGGUUAUGGUGGCUAUGAUGGUUAUUAUUAUAAUCACAGACCGCUAAAAGGAGAUGUAUGUGAUUCACACUUGGGUAAAGUAGCUUGUGGGGCUAAAAAAGCCAUAGAAGGCAGCUAUGGUAUUUUCAAGGAUGUUAUGGGUAUUGCUGGGUUAACACGUUCGCAGACACGCGGCGGACAUAGCAAGCCCAAAACUAAGAAUCACUUACACUAGUUCAACUUUAGAAUUUCCAAGCGGGCCAUGUAAAAAAAUAAUAAAUUUUACACCUAAACCUUCCUCAGUAACCACGCUACCUAUUGGUGAAAACCGCAUGAAAAUCCGUGCUGUAGUUUUUGAGUUUAUCGCGAAUGGACAGACAGACGCGGCAUAGGACUUUGUUUUAUAAUAUGUAUAUAUGAUGUCCACUCAAUUGCAUGUCAAGUUCUCUGAAUGAAACUCUAUACGAUGGUGUGGUGAUAUUAGUAAUUUCUUCCUAACUUUGCUCGGGUAAAACACAAUAAAUUAUACACCUGAAGUUUCUCCAGGAAUCACAUUAUCUAUUAGUUCAAAUCGUAUGAAAAUCCGCGCAGUAGUUUUUGAUUUUGACGAGAAUUUAGAUGACUUUAUAGUAUGUAUUUAAGGAAGGUUAAGAAUUUUGCUUUAAGUUGCUUUGCUCAUGAUUGUAGCUUUUGGAUUACGAGGGAAAGGAAGAAGCAUUGUUAAAAAAUAUCUUAAAAAAAAAAAAACAUUUUUAUUCACACUUUUUAUUUAUUUAUAUGACCAAAUAUAGACGUGUUAUUAUUAUAUCAAGGCCAAUUUGAAGAUUUUCCAACCUAAACCGUAAAUUCGAAAGUUUCGAUUAAUUUUUGCAAGCUUUUAUUUAACUUACCCGCUAUGUAACUAUUUAUGUAUAUACAUAUACUUGUGUGUCCCUAUGUCUCGGGUGGAAUCUGGCAACUCAAGUUUGAAGCAGAUUAUCUUCUACCGAUUGAUCUGAAAUUUUGUACACACGUUUAGAACGACAUGCAUUAUUAUGAUAAGCAUGACAUCCAGGAACGGCUCCUGACGUGGGAACUCCGCAACCAUUUACUGUAAGGAAAUCUUUUGUCACACAAUGAAAGCAAUAAGAUCUCUCUGACAAGAAUCAAAGCUUGUUCAAAAAUAAAAUUUAUGAAAAAUAAAUUGU